AUGCAAUCGUCUCGUCCCUCGGUGAGCCCAGACUUCUGGUUGGAGCCUCUCACAAUUGAUAAUCAUAUUCAAGACUUCCACGAGUUGUGUGCCGAUGAGUCAGCAGCUCAAUGGAGUACCCAGCGUCCCACCGAAAGCUUCGAAAGCUCAAGAGAGCUGAUGAAACGGGUGUUCAUAUGGAACCCGCAAAAACCAUGGAUCAUCAACUAUGCCUUUAUGUCCUCGAAGUACUCGGCACCAGACAGUGACGGCAGCAGCGGCAACACCAGGCCCAAGAUGGUCGGUAUCGUCAAGACAACCAGAGAGUCGCCUUGGGGUUUGUCUAUUGGCUACAAGGUGAGGUCUGACUGUUGGGGAAAGGGUUAUGCAACACGCGCUGUGAAGAUGUUCUUGGAUGAAUACUGGAGCCAGCCACGCAAGGCUCCGAGAGAAGCUAUAUAUGGCACUCGGGAGAAGAACGAGGCAGACAUCGUUACUUUCCAUGUGACUCCGGCUUUGGAUGUCAGUGACCAGACACAAAACAUGGGCAAGCCUGACAGCGAAGAAGAUGGCGACGGAGAAAUUGAGAUAACGCAUCUUAUUGCCCAGAUAGACCCGAUGAAUCUCGGCAGCAUGAGGGUAGCAGAGAAGUGCGACGGAAAUUUUAUCACCAUAAGUAAGAAGAGCCUUAAGGUGUGGCGCUUCGAUGAGAUGCGAGAUUUGGCGGUUUUCAGAUUCGUCAAGCCCUCAGCCGUGGCACCACCAGGUUAG